CUGGAACAGCACCGUCAACGAGAGCGCGAUGCUUUGCUACAGCAGAAAGCAGUAUUGGAGGCCCGUCUUAAUCUUAUCCUUACUAGGCGCAAGGAGUCCACAAGGCUUCUUGAGGUGCUUAUAUCACGAGCUCAGGCUCGUCAUUGCAUACUUUUGAAAGGCAUCCAGGCGUACAAGGAAGCCAAGUCAGAGGCUAAGAAGCACAAGCGCCAGCUUGAGAAGCAGAGGGCCCGUCAGCGGAGAUCCGAGCUAAAACUCCCACUAGAUAAUCAUCAGAUUACGUGCAAAAUUAUGCAUCCUGGAAUAGGUGCUAGUUGUUUACCCGCUGGCCAGGAAUUAGCCAUCACCAAGAAUCUCUCGACAAAUCGGAGGCCGGACGUAAAAACAUUACAAAUUCAGACCAGGUAUAUGGAUAUGACUAGAUAA